AUGGAAAACAUGCAGAGCUUCUGGCAAUUGGGUGAUGAACUCCGUGGACAUUCAAAAGCGUCAGAGGAUCACAAGUGGUUAAUGGUUGCUUCUAAGUUGGCUGAACAGACAAGGUUGAAGGGGGAGCGUGGGAAUAACCUUGAUCUUUCAAAGGGGCCCAUUGAAACAAGGUCAAGGGAUAAAUUUGGGUUCCAGGAAGAGAACAAAUUUGAUUCUCUCAACUUGAGCAUGUUGAACCUGGACUCAAAAUUUACUGAAAAUGUGAGCAAAGGCUCACUUCGCAAUAGUGUUUAUAGUGUGAAUGCAGUGUACCAGAAAAACAAUGCAAACCUGGUGAGUAAUGUGAACAGUAACAAGUAUAGUGGUAAUAUUCAGCACAACAAAGAGUCCAACAACAACAGUGGCAACGGCAACAACAAUGAGAACAACAACUCAAAUGCUACUGACAAAAGGUUUAAGACCUUGCCUGCAGCAGAGACGCUCCCACGCAAUGAGGUGCUUGGAGGAUACAUCUUUGUCUGUAACAAUGACACAAUGCAGGAAGACUUGAAACGUCAGCUAUUUGGUUUGCCUCCAAGGUAUCGAGAUUCUGUUAGGGCAAUAACACCAGGGUUACCUUUAUUUCUUUACAACUAUACUACUCAUCAGCUGCAUGGUAUUUUUGAGGCAGCAAGUUUUGGUGGCUCUAACAUAGAUCCAACUGCUUGGGAGGAUAAAAAAUGCAAAGGCGAAUCAAGGUUUCCAGCUCAGGUAAGAAUUCGUGUCAGGAAACUCUGCAAGGCAUUGGAAGAAGAUUCGUUCAGGCCAGUAUUGCAUCAUUAUGAUGGUCCAAAGUUUCGUCUUGAGCUGUCAGUUCCAGAGACUCUGGAUCUGUUGGAUCUAUGUGAACAAGCUGGUUCGGCAGCAUAA